ACUUUUUUUGAUAGUUUUAAAGCGGACUCCGUUUUGUAGGACAUUUCAAGGCCUCUUUUUUAUGACUAACUUCUUGAAUACGUCCAGUAUUAUUCUGGUGAUUAUGGCAAUGCUCUCCCUGUCUCCCUCUUUUUUAAUGUUAUGGUUUAGCCGUAACAAAUAGGCUGACAUUGCUCCGUAGAGGCUUAUUUUCUAAAGCUAAUGUUCCUCCACUAUGACUUAUCUGAAACUUGGAAGAUAAGCUGACAUAAAAUAUGCGCGUUAGAGCCCUUUGCACAUUUAGCAGGAUGAUUUGGGGACGGUAUUUAUUAACUGCAGGGCUCCAGUGCUGCAGAUGCAGAGUGAGCUCUCAUGUAAAGAGACAUUACAGCCUUCUUCCAGAUGAUGUCAAAUCAUUGCGGGCUGUGCUCAGUCCUGAUAUAUCCAAGAUCCGGAACAUUGGCAUCAUGGCCCACAUUGAUGCAGGAAAGACGACAACCACAGAGAGGAUGCUUUAUUACUCUGGCUAUACAAGGGCACUAGGAGAUGUAGACGACGGGGAUACAGUCACAGAUUUUAUGGCUCAAGAGAGGGAGCGAGGCAUCACCAUACAGUCAGCAGCGGUCACAUUCGAUUGGAAAAGUCAUAGAAUAAACCUUAUAGACACGCCGGGACAUGUUGACUUCACUCUCGAAGUGGAGCGGGCGCUUCGUGUUCUUGAUGGGGCUGUUGCAGUGUUUGAUGCCUCAGCUGGAGUUGAGGCUCAGACUCUGACUGUGUGGAGACAAGCAGAGAAGCACCACAUUCCCUGUGUUUGUUUCCUGAAUAAGAUGGAUAAACCUGCAGCCAGUCUCAGUUUUUCCAUUGAGAGCAUAAAACAGAAGCUGAAAGCUAAUCCACUCCUUCUGCAGAUUCCUGUCGGCAGCGGCAAGAGCUUCACGGGUGUGGUUGACCUGUUAACCAACCAGAAGCUGAUAUGGAAGCUAAGAUCUGUGGGAGAUGAUGGACGAACGUUUGAAAGCAAACCUCUUGACCAGUCUGAUGAGCCAGAACUCCUGCAGGAAGUCAGUGAGGCCAGGACAGCUUUAAUUGAACAGGUUGCUGAUCUGGAUGAUGAGUUUGCUGAACUGCUGCUAACUGAUUUUAGUGACAAUUUUGAAGCAGUUCCCUCAGUCAAACUAGAAGAGGCUGUGCGGCGGGUGACUCUGGCCCGUAAAGGUGUCCCGGUGCUCUGUGGGAGCUCUUUGAGGAACAAAGGUGUUCAGCUUCUUUUAGAUGCCAUCAUUGCCUACCUGCCUGCCCCCAAUGAACGGCACCACGACCUGGUGCGGUGGUACAAAGACGACUUAUGUGCUCUGGCCUUCAAGGUUCUCCAUGACAAGCAGCGUGGUCCUCUGGUGUUUCUUAGGAUUUACUCUGGUACUCUGAAACCACAGACGGCCAUCCACAACAUCAACAGGAACUGCACUGAGAGGAUGAGCAGGCUGCUGGUGCCGUUUGCUGAUCAGCACGUAGAAAUCCCCUCAAUCACAGCAGGAAACAUUGCACUAACUGUAGGACUGAAGCAGACAGUCACAGGGGACACCAUUGUUUCAUCCAAGGCUUCAGCAGCAGCCGCAGCCCGCCGAGCUCAAAAUGACAACGGGCUGGGGAAGAAGCGCGAGGAGGACGUGACCGUGGUGCUUUCAGGAGUGGAGGUCCCUGACCCUGUCUUCUUCUGCACUAUAGAACCACCCACUAUGGCCAAACAGGCUGACCUUGAGAAUGCUCUCAACUGCCUCCAGAGAGAAGACCCCAGUCUUAAAGUCAGGGUUGACCCUGAUUCUGGACAGACUGUUUUGUGUGGAAUGGGAGAGCUGCACAUCGAGAUCAUCCAUGAUCGAAUCAGAAGAGAGUACGGCAUCGAGACUCACCUCGGACCACUACAGGUAGCUUACCGGGAGACAGUUCUCCACGAGGCCUCUGCCACAGAUACACUGGACCGGACAGUUGGGGAGAGAAGACAUGUGGUGACAGUGGGGCUGGCUGUGAGUCCUGUGGACAUCUCCUCUGCAACUGGUUCAUAUGAAUUAGUUUUCGCAGAGGACGUUGAGAGUCAACUACCACAAGACAUGAAAGGUGCAGUGGAGAACGGAGUGCACAGCUCGUAUCUUCAAGGUCCAUUGCUAGGUUAUCCUUUACAGGGUGUAACUACACUGAUCCAGAGUGUCAGCAUAGAACCAGGAACGUCUCCAGCCAUGGUGUCUGCCUGUGUGUCCCGCUGCAUGCUUAAGGCCCUGAGGCUUGCAGGAGGUCAGGUACUGGAGCCAGUCAUGUCACUGGAGGUGACGGUUGGGGAGGAACACCUCAGCUCUGUGCUGGGGGACUUAGCCCAAAGACGAGGCACCGUCAGAGACAUCCAGAGUCGUCAUGACAACAAGGUGCUGCUCGGGACCGUGCCCUUGGCAGAAAUGAUGGGCUAUUCCACCAUCCUGCGAUCAAUAACAUCUGGGAACGCCACCUUCUCCCUGGAGCUGGACACCUAUGAGGCCAUGAACCCACAGGACCAGAACGCCCUUCUUAAAAAAAUGGCUGGUCUGUUGUGAUUGAUGUUCGUAACGCUGUAGCAGAUCCGGAAUGGGACCAAUGGCCUUCUGCGACACAGGCAUGGCUACCACCGACACACUUUUCCAGAACGAUUAGAUUUGACUACAUAAAGUGCUAUUUAUAGUAUGAAUAUCUCUUGCAGGAUAAUGAUGAUCAUACGAAUAGUUUACCAUGUUCUUAGUUGGAUGUAAAAUAAAUAUGCAGC